AUGGCCCCGAUCGCGAGGAGACGAUUGGGCCUGCACCCCAGAGCCCACGCCCAGAGCCGGGUCGGCCACUGCUGCCGCCACCGGCGUCAGCGUGGCUCCAGCGCGCCAGCUGCCCGGCUGGCGUCACGGCCUGGCCCGCCCCGCCAGCGCCCCUCCUUCCCCCCGCCCCCACCAAGGGCCACGAUCGCAGCGCUGCCACCGGAGGGCCGGGCGCCGCCUGCCCAUUCUCCUGGCUUGGGCGGCGUGGGCCGGGCCGGCCAAGAAGCCGAAUGGUGCCGGGCACCCGCCACUGAAGGUCUCUCUAUCCCUCUGACCCCGCAGCGCUGGCAAGAGGAGCUCUCGCACAUGAAGCGACUUCCCCCGGUGCUCUCCGGCCGCCCCUACGACCUGGCGGCGGCGACCGUGGCCGCAGACCUGGAGAGUGGUGGAGCCGGCUCGGCCUGCAGUGGCAGCAACGCAGCACUCCUACCUCGGAGGGAGACGGAGGAGUUCAACGAUCUCCUGGACCUGGACUUUAUUCUCUCCAACUCUCUGUCUCAUCAGGAGUCUGUGGCCGCCGCCGCCGCCGUAUCCUCGUCGGCUUCAGCCUCGGCCUCCUCUUCCUCCUCCCCGUCGAGCAGCGGGCCGGCCAGCGCGCCUGCCACCUGCAGCUUCAGCUACCCGCUCCGGCCCGGGGGAGAGCCGGGCGUGGCGCCGGGCGGCGCGGGCGGCGGCCUGCUCUAUGGCCGGGAGUCUGCGCCCCCUCCCACGGCGCCCUUCAACCUGGCGGACAUCAACGACGUGAGCCCUUCGGGCGGCUUCGUGGCCGAGCUCCUCCGGCCGGAAUUGGACCCCGUGUACAUUCCGCCGCAGCAGCAGCCGCCGCCGCCAGGGGGCGGGCUGCUGGGCAAGUUCGUGCUCAAGUCGUCGCUGAGCGCGCCCGGCAGCGAGUACGGCAGCCCGUCGGUCAUCAGUGUUAAAGGCAGCCCGGACGGCAGCCACCCGGCGGUGGCGCCCUACAGCGGCGGACCUCCGCGAAUGUGCCCCAAGAUCAAGCAGGAGGUGGUCUCCUCUUGUACCGUCAGCCGGCCCCUGGAGGCCCACCUGGGCGCCGGACCCUCGCUCAGUAACGGCCACCGGCCGCCCACCCACGACUUCCCCCUGGGGCGGCAGCUCCCCAGCAGGACUCCGCCGACCCUGAGUGCCGAGGAACUGCUGAGCAGCAGGGACUGUCACCCAGCCCUGCCGCUCCCCCCUGGCUUCCACCCCCACCCCGGGCCCAACUACCCACCCUUCCUGCCAGACCAGCUGCAGACGCAGGUCCCACCGCUCCAUUACCAAGAGCUCAUGCCACCAGGUUCCUGCCUGCCGGAGGAGCCCAAGCCAAAGAGAGGGAGAAGGUCGUGGCCCCGGAAAAGAACGGCCACCCACACUUGUGAUUACGCUGGCUGCGGCAAAACCUACACGAAGAGUUCUCAUCUCAAGGCACACCUGCGAACCCACACAGGUGAGAAACCUUACCACUGUGACUGGGAUGGCUGUGGGUGGAAAUUUGCCCGCUCAGAUGAACUGACCCGGCACUACCGCAAACACACCGGGCACCGCCCCUUCCAGUGCCAGAAGUGCGACCGGGCCUUUUCCAGGUCGGACCACCUCGCCUUACACAUGAAGAGGCACUUUUAAAUCCCCAGCAGUGGCUGUGACCCACACUGCCAGAAGAGAAUUCAGUAUUUUUACCUGUCACUGUCUUCCCAGUGAGGGAGAGGAACCCGGCUGGAAAGCACUACAAUCAUGGUCAAGUUCCCAGCAGAUCAGCUUGUGACUGGAUAAUCAGCAAGCACGGAGGAAAGGAAACCGAAAGACAAAAAAGAUCAAACAACAAAUCUGGGGUCUGUGGCUGGAUCUUCUAUCAUUCCAAACAAAAUCCAACUUGAACAUUCCUGGACUUACAAAAACGCCAAGCAGGGGGGGGCGGGCGGCGGGGUGACUGGAAGUUGUGGCUGUCAGGGUAUAAAUUAGAUCCGAGAAUUGGGAGCGGGAAUGGAAAAACAUCUCCUUGAAUAUAAGCAUAAAGAUCACCUUGUAUUCUCUUUGCCUUCUAAAAGCCAUUACUCUAUGAGAAGAAAAAAGGAAGAAAUUCAGGUACAGAACAUGUGUUUUAAUAGCCUAAAUGAUGGUGCUUAGUGAGUCUUGGUUCUAAAGGUACCAAAUGAGGAAGCCAAAGUUCUCAAACUGCUGCAUACUGCGACAAGGAAAAUCUAUUGUUGUCUUCCGAUCUACAUGUAUGACCUAAGUCAGGUAAAUACACCUGGUUUACUUCUUUUAACAUUUUUUUUUAUGCAGACAGUCUUGUUGUAUGCACUGUGGUUUCAGAUGUGCAAUAAUUUGUACAAUGGUUUAUUCCCAAGUAUGCCUUAAGCAGAACAAAUGUGUUUUCUAUAUAGCUCCUUGCCUUAAUAAAUAUGUAAUAUAAAUUUAAGCAAACUUCUAUUUUGUAUAUUUGUAAACUACAAAGUAAAAAAAAAUGAACAUUUUGUGGAGUUUGUAUUUUGCAUACUCGAGGUGAGAAUUAAGUUUUAAAUAAACCUAUAAUAUUUUAUCUGAACUAUGAUUUUGCUUUGCUUGUUUUCCCUGGAGAAGCACGUAACCGAAUUUUCACUUUUAAACAUUAAGG